AUGGCUCAAAGUGUGAGAGAGCGAGGGAAAAAAUUGCACCCCUCGCAGCCUACAUAUUUUGCCCCUCUCGUCUCGUCCUUCUCUUCUCUCCCCCACCAUCAACCACAAAUUUUCACAACGCAUCAAGAAAAAAUAACCACCAUCCGGGACUACUACAGAUACCUUUUACUGCAAAUACUACCAUCUACCGCUCGAAAAACCUCUCCACUCCUCUAUUACACCUUGCCCAGCAUGGCUACAGAAGGACUUAAGGAUGUUGAAGGACAAAUUGAGUCCAACUACGAUGAGACUGUCGACAACUUUGAUAGUAUGGAUCUGAAACCUGAGCUUCUCAGAGGCAUCUACGCAUAUGGUUUUGAGCGUCCCUCUGCCAUCCAACAGCGUGCCAUCCUCCCUGUCAUUAAUAACCGUGAUGUUAUCGCCCAGGCCCAGUCUGGAACUGGAAAGACCGCGACUUUCUCGAUUUCUGUUCUUCAGAAGAUCGAUUUGUCUGUCAAGCAAUGCCAGGCUUUGAUCCUAGCCCCUACCCGUGAGCUCGCUCAACAGAUUCAGAAGGUUGUUGUUGCUAUUGGAGAUUUCAUGAAUGUUGAGUGCCAUGCCUGUAUCGGGGGAACUGUCGUCCGCGAGGACAUGAAGAUUCUUCAAGACGGCGUGCACGUCGUUGUCGGUACUCCUGGUCGUGUCCAUGACGUGAUCCAGCGCCGCGCUUUGAAGACUGAUGCUAUCAAGCUAUUCGUCCUUGACGAGGCUGACGAAAUGUUAUCGCGUGGUUUCACCGAGCAAAUUUACGAUAUCUUCCAAUUGCUUCCCCAAUCCACCCAAGUCGUUUUGCUCUCUGCCACCAUGCCUCAGGAUGUUCUUGAGGUCACCACUAAAUUCAUGCGUGAUCCUGUCCGCAUCUUGGUCAAGAAGGCCGAAUUGACGCUCGAAGGUAUCAAGCAAUUCUACAUUGCUGUUGAGAAAGAAGACUGGAAACUCGACACACUUUCCGAUCUCUACGAGACGGUUACAAUCACCCAGGCCGUUAUUUUCUGCAACACCCGUAGAAAGGUUGACUGGCUCACUGAGAAGCUUACUGCCCGUGACUUCACCGUUUCCGCUAUGCAUGGAGAUAUGGAUCAGCACCAGCGAGAUCUCAUUAUGAAGGAGUUCCGAUCUGGUUCUUCCCGUGUGUUGAUUGCUACUGACCUCUUGGCCCGUGGUAUCGAUGUUCAACAAGUCUCUCUCGUCAUUAACUACGACUUGCCUGCAAAUAGGGAGAACUACAUCCAUCGUAUUGGUCGUGGUGGUCGUUUCGGCCGCAAGGGUGUUGCGAUCAACUUUGUUACAGCUGACGACGUCCGUAUGAUGCGUGAGAUUGAGCAAUUCUAUUCUACCCAAAUCGAAGAGAUGCCAAUGAAUGUUGCUGAUCUCAUCUAAACAAUUUUCAUAAUUUCAACUAAAUAAAAGUUUUUUUCUUUUUCUUUUUUUUUUACCUGGUUUCCUAUGACCUUCUCCCGUUCCGGGUUUAUGAUUUCCUUUUCUUUUUUUGUCUUAGUCCUUCCUGAUUCUUUCUGUAUGCGUUCUUCAUCUGGGUUGGGAAUCGGCUAUCACAUCGGGACAGGACUGUGUUUUCAUUUUCUCCCUAAAGGGGCAGUUUUCGAAUACCUGAAUGGAAAAUCAUAUGACGACGAUGACAACAUUUCAUGACCUUUGACGAAGACACCAAUUUUUUUCUUUGCUUGCAUGCUUUCCUUCACAUCAUUAGCUUUGCUGGUCUCUUUAUAUGCGGAUUGCGUAGAAUUAUGGUGGAGCAGGCUGCCGGGGGAGGGCUUAGUUAAUAGUAUUAAGCUAAAAUUUAUAUUUUCCAAUA